AUGGAUCCCAAAUUGAUCAAGGCGGAUGAUGAUGAUGAUAAUUCGAUGAUGGAGAUCUCUGAGGAGAAGAAUCAAUCAAAGAAGCGCAAGGCAGAUGAUUCUUCCCCGCUGGAUUCUUCUUUCGAUGAUGGCGAAAACAACGAACAAGAAGAAGAACAAGACGGUGGCGAUGAUGAGGAGGAUGACGUGUCCAGCCGUGAGAAAGGCCAAGAAUGGGACGUGGAUAGUUUCGACGAGGGGGAAGGAUACAAACCUAAAAAGAAGUUUGAUCCCAACGAUGAGGAAGCUAUGAAAAAUGCGUCGAUACAGACUUCAGAUGUAUCAAUCCAAUGGUUUCGACGUAGAUAA